AUGGCUUUGGACAGUCCAUUUGAAAGAAACUUUUCUCUGGAUGCCUGGAGUGUAAAUCCUACCGGAAAUGUGAGCGAUGUUUUCGAGCUCCCGUUGUACCACAGACAGAUGAGGAUAAUCUCCAUGACGGUCAUUUUCAGCCUGGCUUUGAUUGGGAAUGUGGCGGUGCUGCACAGGAACUGUUGCAGCCAAAGCAGAAGGCGGAAAAUUGACGCCCUGGUCAGUAACCUGGCCGCUGCAGACCUGUGUGUCUCUGUCCUGCUCCUGCUCUCUCAGAUCAUCCAGGAGGCGUUGGAGGGAGAAUGGCUGGCUGGAGAUGUCGCGUGCAAAAUGUUCAAAGUUUUCCAAGCUUUUGGACUGAUUGCUUCUUCCGGCAUCAUUGUCAUUGUCGCGUUGGAACGGCACCAUGUCAUAGUCAAUCCGCUGGCAUCUCCUCUCCCUACCAGGAUCCUGACUGCAGUCAUUUGGAUCGGUGCUUUUGUGCUGUCAUUACCCCAAGCUUUUGUCUUCAAACUGACAGUCCAGGAAGGCAGGGAGAAAUGUCUGAGCGUGUUUGGGCAGCUUCCCAAAUGGCACUUCCAGGUAUAUAUCAUGUUUGGAGCUGUUAUUGUCUUUUUAGCUCCCUUUUGCACGCUGUGUGUAGCGUACACGAGAAUUCUCUGGAUCAUUUGGAGGCAGAAGCAGCACAUCAGAAAAGGCAAAGCAAGUGAAAAGGUGAACCAAAAGCAACAGAGAAAAGUCCAGAUUCACGGUACCAACGGCUCCAUUCCAAGAGCCAAAGUGAAGACUCUAAAGAUGACUUUGGUCAUGAUCAUAUUCUUCGUAGUCUGCCGAUUACUUUAUUUUAUAAUAGAGAUGAAAGUUGCCUUCGGGACCAUCACUGAGACAGACACCAAGGUGAUUACAGCGCUGGGAAUCUUUGUGGUUUCCAACAGUGCUGGCAAUCCAUAUGUCUAUCUGUUCUUCAAAACCAACAAUGUCCACUUCAGACGACUGGAGAAGAGCGUGUGUUUCACCUGUCUGAAAGAUUACAGAGAGAAUACAUUUCACAGGGAACUGUGCGCAAUUGGCAAACGGGUAGAGCACUCCCGCACCACACUGAAGCGGCCACCAUCCACUCAAUUUCCUUUGUCAGACUCCUGUUGUGAAUUCUCAACAGGGAAUUCGCAUCCGGAGGGAGUUCUGUCUGAAGAGCGCAUUCCCCAACCGGGAUUACUGUCCACUGCUGGCAGUGACCAUUGCUAUUCAGUUUCUUAA